GCACACAAGACGCGCCUACCGAGGCUUCAAGUCCUCGUUUUUUUUCUUCUUCUCCGAGACAGGAGACAUGAGGUUCCGAGACACCUGUCAGGAGGACUACACAUCCACAAGCUGUGUGUGAUGCAACUGGAGGCUGUGUGUUUAACCAUGGACGCGCUGUCAUCGUUAUCAUAGCCUCUCGGUGACCAAGGAGCGUAAAGUUAUUCUGCUGCUUUCUUGCUUUGCUUUGUGUUAUUCCUCUUUUUUUAGCCCUCUCUCAAGCCGCAUGAGUUCACCGCUGUUUUUAGGUCAGCUGGUCGGGGUCCCGUUAGAAAUAAUGCACCCCACCAUGGAGAAAGACACGACUUACACCAAGAUCUUUGUCGGCGGGUUGCCGUAUCACACCAACGACGCUUCACUUCGGAAAUAUUUCGAGACUUUCGGAGACAUCGACGAGGCGGUGGUUAUCACAGACAAGCAGACGGGCAAGUCCAGAGGAUACGGCUUUGUGACCAUGAUGGACAGGGGAGCAGCAGAGCGGGCAUGCAAAGAUGCAAACCCCAUCAUCGACGGCAGGAAGGCCAAUGUGAACCUGGCGUACCUGGGAGCGAAGCCUCGCAGCUCGCAGUCAAGUCUCUCUGUUGGAGUUCAGCAAGUCCAUCCUACGUGGGCUCAGAGGCAAUAUGGGCUCGCCCAGCAGUACGUCUACCCCCAGGCGUUUCUCCAGCCCAGCCUGGUGCUGCAGUCCCAGCUCAACCCCACAGCCGCAGCCCUCGCCUCCCCUUACCUGGACUACAGCUCUGCCUACAGCCACUACGCCCCCACAGGACUGGAGCAGUACCCCUACACCCCUUCGCCGUCGCCUUCCGCUGGCUACCUCAGCUACAGCUUCUCCCCCGGCACGCCGGCGCCAGCCCUCACUGCAUCCCCGACCCCUCCAGCCGCCAUCCAUCCUCCUCUGGCUGCACUCACCACCAUGUCUGCCGCCCCGCAGGCCUUCCUCCACUACCCUCUGCACCAGCCCGACCGCAUGCAGUGAGCAGCUCUGGGUGGAGCUGCAGCUGCUAAACUGAUGAUUUAAAGCAGCGUGACUGUUGACCUGUGACAUCAUCGGGAAAAGACUAACCAGGGAGAGAGUGUGAUGUAAUCAAAAGGGCUUUUAGAAAGCACUCUCAUUCCUGUUUUUUAUAUAUAUUAUUGUUGUUGUAAUAGUUGAUGAAAAUGUUCUACUGCUACUGUCAUCAGCACACGACCUGAAUGUUUUUCAUACAUGAGGACGUCAGGGACCGGAGUGAGACGACUGGUAAUCUUCUGGACGUUUCUGUCAUACCGCUGACCCCUCAGCGCAGAGGCUGGAGGCAGGCCGACUGCUGGAGAGUGGACAGGUAAAGACAACAAGAAAUAUGUCUGCUUGACAUGAUGCUGCGGCUGCAGUUUCUCCAAAGGUACUGAGCUGAACGCUGGAUAUAAGCCAAGCUGGGAGCCAGUUCCUCUUUCAGAAACCAAGGUCCAAUUACCUCCUCUUCAAGGUUACCUUUCUGUCUAUGGCCUUAGAGAUCUCUCUCUCUGUCUCUCUCUCUGCACCUGGUUCAGUUUGUCAUUUUUAUUAGCCUCUCAUCUCAAAUGAACAAAAUGUUUAUUGUGCUCCCUUUUGUUCCUUUUAUCUGCCGCUGGCAAGUCAUUACAUGGUGAUAAUCAACAGUUAAACAGAAUAUGCAAAUGUGGUGAUAAUGGAUGAGCAUGAAUAAGGUAGACAACACUGGUAUUUUGUUUUUGUAUUGCAACUGCUAGAACAUUACUGAGACUUUGUUAACACUUCAAACACAAUAGUCAUCACAUGAAAUUCCUGCAGCGGCUCAUUAGGCUAUUUCUGACCUGUAACUUUUGGAGCAGUGUCUGGAUUUGGGGACUGUUUGGUUUUCUGAUACCUAAAUUACAAAGUUGUCAAUACAUAUCAAGUCAAUGUGUCUGGGUGUAGGUGAUGUUGUUCCUGAAUGUGUGUGAGUGUAUUUGGUGUCUUCUCAGUGUAUGAGUUGAGUGAGAGAGAAAUAGAGCGAUGCAGUAUACGCCAGUGUCAGGACCGAGCUCCAUUUCCAGCCCAUUGUACUGCUCAGUUGUUUCUUUGUUUUCUUUUUUUCCUCCAGCUGCAGAAUACAGACAGAUGCUUUAGCGAUGAUACUGGAGUCUCACGGUGCUGUGGCGCCAACUUAGUAAAGUCAUGAACCAAGCCAUACGUCACAUUUAAAACAAAUAUGCAAAAUAAAAUGAAUAUUUCUAAGUAUGACAUGC